CUUGUUUACCUUUGAACCCUGACCUCACUGCUCAUAUAACAGUGUACCUUACUGCAAUUUGCUGGGCACUCCCAUUUCUCCCGUUUCUCCAACCAGAGAUUGGCUGGGGUGGGGGAUCCAGAUCCAGACCCGGGGCCAGAGUGUUGACUCCGGCCAGUAGGGGACGCCGGCGCGAGGCUCUGCCAGGACCCCAGCACCGCCCAGCGCAGAGCCGGACCGCCGUCUACGCCAUGCGCGUGCUGGUGCCGCUCCUGCGCACGGGUUGGGGCUGGCGCGCGUGGGCCCCAGCUGCUGCCCGCUUGCCCCCGGGAACGAGUACGGGGCCCGGGCCGCACCGCGCCAUGGCCCUCUACCGCACGGAGGAGCGCGGCCAGCCUUACACCCCCGAUUACCGCCUUUUCUUCAAGAAUGUAGCUGGUGACUACAUUUCCCCCUUUCAUGAUAUUCCUCUGAGGGUGGACUCUACAGAGACUUUGUUUAAUAUGGUUGUAGAAGUACCUCGGUGGACAAAUGCUAAAAUGGAGAUUGCCACGAAGGAGCCAUUGAAUCCCAUUAAACAAGAUACAAAGGAUGGCAAGCUACGCUAUGUGGCGAAUGUCUUCCCUCACAAGGGUUAUAUAUGGAAUUAUGGUGCCCUCCCUCAGACUUGGGAAGAUCCCUGUCGAAAGGAUAAUAGUACAGACUGCUGUGGAGAUAAUGACCCUAUUGAUGUUUGUGAAAUAGGCUCAAAGGUUCUUUCUUGUGGAGAGGUUAUUCGUGUGAAGAUCCUUGGAAUUUUGGCUCUUAUUGACCAGGGUGAAACAGACUGGAAAAUAAUUGCUAUCAAUGUGAAUGACCCUGAAGCCUCAAAGUUUCAUGAUAUUGAUGAUGUUAAGAAGUACAAACCAGGUUACUUGGAAGCUACGCUUAAUUGGCUCAGAUUUUAUAAGGUGCCAGAAGGAAAACCAGAAAACCAGUUUGCUUUUAAUGGAGAAUUCAAAAACAAGGCCUUUGCUCUUGAAGUUAUUAAAUCUACUCAUGAAUGCUGGAAAGCAUUGCUUAUGAAGAAGUGUGAUGGAGGGGCUAUAAACUGCACAAACGUGCAGGUAUGCGACAGCCCUUUCCAUUGUACUCAAGAGGAAGCGAGAUCAAUAGUUGAACUGGUGUCCUCGUCACUGAAUAAGGAAAGUAAUGAAGAAGACACAGAGCAAGUAUGGCACUUCCUUGGCAAGUGACUGGAACAUUUGAAGUUCUGUCAUCAAGAUUCCAAUCUCCGAGGACUCCACGACUCCCUCUCCCCAAAUGCUAGAGACCAGCAGAGCUAUGAGAAUUCACUGACUUCCUGUUAAAACUUCAUUUUUUUCCCAACUUCUUUUGAGAUAUACAAUAUGUAAAUAAACUGAAAUUUUUGAAUUA